AGAAUCCAUCAGUCAAGAACUAUCCUGAAAAUGUAAUUAUUGUGAUUGCUAAAAACUAGAAUCAUCUAAAGAAUCAAUAAGCAUGGCCUUUGUGGCCCAUAAUUGGAGGAACAGCAAAAGAGCUUUUCCACUGGAAACUCUUCUGAUGCCACAGGUCCCCCGUGGCAAUUACUUGCACCUUCUGGAAGAGAAACAAAGACUGCAGCUAAAGAAAUUUCUCCUUCAUAGGAUGUUUCUGGUGGCCAACAUACAAGCGAACAUGGAGAAAAGAGAAAUUGCUGAGUACUACGAUCAAUUGUUUCAGUCGAUCUUGAAACAUCACAUAGGAGAAGAAGUGACAGGGUUAUUGCUCAUCUACCCCACUUCCAUGCUGCAUAUCCUUGAAUCCUCCAACGGAACUCUUCACCAAAUCCUUUUAGAUUAUUUUAACCAUCAAAGGGACGAAACUGAAUUUUGGGUUCAAAAAAUGAAAAUUAUAGUCAUUUCUCAUAACAUCCCAACAAGACUCUUCAUGCAUUGGUAUGUUUCAGUAGUAAAAGUGCCAGUCUUGUAUCUCGACGAUGUGACACAGUCACAGUCUCUCGAAGAGGUCAUCAUGGAUUUUUUCAUCCAGACUCAUAAGCUGGCACUCUACCUUUUUAAGACUGUUAAAGUGGGCUCUAAAGGACUAGGUGAUACCUUGCACCAGACUGCACCUGACCUGCUCCCCCCAGAACAAAUCAUAAAGUAUCUGUGCAAAUCUGAAGAAUUCAUGGACCCAGCAACAUUCGUAAACAUGUACAACAAACCCAUGCAUGUCACCUUGGACUCCGAGCUGGUGUGGCCCGCUCCCUCCAGCUUCUAGGAUCAAAAGAGAUAAUAUCGGGGCCAGGGAUUUAGCUCAGUAGUUUCACUGCCUGCUGCACAAGCGCAAGGACACGAGUUUGAUCCCUGGUACCAAAAAAAAAAAAGAAGAGAUAAUGUCAUCAGGUCUCAAGGAAUUUGUGCUACCUAAAUAGAACUAUUCCUAACAUUACUCUUCUUUUAAAAAAAGGACACUACAAUAUACACAAAGGUACUCUGUUCAUCUUUAUGAAAUAUGUAUCUAUUUGUUUUGAUAGA